CAUCCUCACAUCACACCAACUUCAUAAACGGUCACUGUUGUAAAGCUGAGAAAUUAACAAAAAGAAAAAGACCCGGGAAAAGAACCUCACCAGAAAAAAACAACAACAGGAAACUUCACUCUUUAAAUACUGCAAUAAAAGAUGGGCGCUGCUGGUGUACAUAUGGUUUGUAUGGCAUUGGGAAUCUUAGGUUUCAUUGCUACCAUUGUGACCAUUGCUGUUCCAAAAUGGAGGGUUUCUGCCUUCAUUGGCCAGAAUAUUAUUACUGCCCAGUCUCAAGAAGAGGGCUUGUGGAUGGAGUGUGUGGUCCAAAGUACCGGACAGCAGCAGUGUAAGGCUUAUGAAUCGCUGCUCAUCCUGGGCUCUGACCUUCAGGCAGCCCGUGCCAUGACCAUUAUCAGUGGCCUCCUCACUUGCCUGUCAAUGCUCAUCCUGUGCGCCGGCGCCGACUUCACCACUUGCAUUGAAAACGAGGAUGUGAAACCCAAAGUGAGCCUGGUGUCCGCUGUCGGGCUGCUUCUCGCAGGUUUGCUGCUGAUAAUCCCCGUCAGCUGGGCUGCUAACAAUGUGGUGCGUGAUUUCAACAAUCAGUUGAUCCCUCAAUCUAAUAAGAGAGAGCUGGGUGCCUGCAUCUUUGUGGGCUGGGCCGGAGGCGUCCUGCUGCUGUUGGCCGGAGGUCUGCUGUGCUGCUUCAGCCGACCCCGCUCUGGAGGAUCUAGCGGGACAGCUAAAUACUACAGCAACAGCGCCUCUGCUCCAAACAAGAACUAUGUGUAGAUAAGAGUUGAUUAAGCUGGGUAGCCAUGGUUAUUGUAAUGAUUUAGUAGUUAGGUAUUCACAAUGUCUGGUAGGAGUUAUGUGCAUUUAUUUUAGUGGACACAAUCUAGAAAUCUGUAAAUAUUACUUGUUUUGAACUGUCAUGGAAUAAAGUCUUUAAGUUUGUCUUUUACAGUUUACAUUUACUGUGAUUUCUGUAUCAUGAUAUUCAAUUAACAACAUGGAUAAAAUUCAGGGUUGGAACAAACUUGUAUCUGAAAUACUUUUGGGUUAUUGUUUAUACUGUAUGUCGGUCCUUGCCAUUUCAAAAAUGUUUUUAAAUGACUGAAUUAAUUAUAUUUAAGUGCUUAAGAACAUUUUAAUAUACAUUUUAGCAGUGUAUUGCAAACACUGGAGGCUGUAAAACUGCAUAAUUUUCAGACAGGACUAAGGAAUUGUUAAUUCUAGGUCUUAAUUCAUGUAUUUUGAAUUUUAUUUCAAUAAAAGUUGAAUGACUUAA